UGUUUUCUGUUUUCUUUUCAUUUUCGUUGUUCAAUUUAAAUUAGUUUAAACAAUUAAAUCUAAUAACCAGAUUCUGGUUUACUAAUUCCAAGUUAAUUAUGUCGAUGAUUCUAAAUCGUCUGAACAUUCUUAAAUCUACUCUGUUGGCUUCAAGAUCUAAUCUUUUAAGGAGUAACCCAAGUUUCUUAUCUACAGUAACUUCUAGUCCAUCAACUCAGGUUCCUGAAUCUGAACAUAUUAGUGAGUCAGCGGAAGAGCUUGAUACUCUGUAUAAAUAUUUGGAAUUGCAAUUAAAAGCUCACGAAACCCCAGUUUUGUAUUCUUAUAGGAAAUUUGUCAUUGCCACAAGUGAAGAGCUUGGAAUCCCUUUUGUUAAAAGUGAAGAGCCUUGGAGACACAUUUCGAAACCAUUAUUGAAAUCACGUUUCAUUUAUAAGGAUCAUCGAGCUGUUUAUGAAUUUCGAACCUAUUUUUUAAAUUUACACUUUAAAAAUUUGACUGGAUCAACAGCGGACACAUUUCUAGAAUAUAUCCAACGUAAUCUUCCUGAAGGAGUUCAUAUGACAGUAGUUAAAACUGCAUUGGCCAAAUUUCCUGACCAUUUGAAUCCACAACAAGCUAUAUCAUCAGAAUGAAUCUUAAAUUUAUCACCAAUCUCAUGUUGUCAAAUUGUUUGCUUGUUUUUGUACAUUAAUUUUCUCACCACCAUGAGAUUAGGAGAAAGAAAAUUUCAAUUUAUAUAUAUAUAUAAUUAGUUAGCUAAAAUAAAUCAAUGCUUAUUUAACAAUAAGUAUUGUUUGAGUCGACAA